GGUGGUUGUGGAGAAAGAGAGAAGCGACGGUUUCACUCUAAUAUCCGACAAAAUCCAAACAUGAACGAAAAAGAAAAGAAAAGAAAAGAAAAGAAAGGAAAAGAAAAACACUAACAAACAAGAUAAACAAUGCUGUAAGCUACUACAGGUUUCAAGCUCUGAUUUCGCUGAAACCCUAGGCUUUUCUAAGAUCAGUCGCCAUGGAUAUGCGCUUUCCCUACUCGCCCGCGGAGUUCGCCAAAGUCCGUGCGGUUCAGUUCGGCGUUCUUAGUCCCGACGAGAUCAGGCAAAUGUCUGUGGUAGAGAUUGAUCAGAGUGAAACAAUGGAGAGAGGGAAGCCGAAGAGGGGUGGCCUUGCAGAUCCUCGGCUGGGUGCCAUGGAUAAAACGCAGAAGUGUGACACAUGUAUGGGGAGUAUGGCAGAAUGCCCGGGGCACUUCGGCCACCUGGAGCUCGCCAAGCCCAUGUUCCAUACCGGGUUCAUGAGGACUGUGCUCACUGUUUUGCGCUGUGUUUGCUUCAGUUGCUCUAGAAUUCUAUCAGACGAGGAGGAUCCUAAGUUCAAGCAAGCGCUUCUAAUAAGAAACCCCAAAAAGAGGCUUCCAAAGAUUUGGGAUGCCUGCAAGAAUAAAACCAAAUGUGAAGGUGGUGAGGAGUUCGAGGUCCGAGCUCAAAAUCCUGAAGAAUCAUCAGGCAGAAGAAGUGGUGGUGGGUGUGGUGCUCAGCAGCCAAAGCUCUCCGUUGAUGGUAUGAAAAUCAUCGCAGAAUUCAAGGCUCAAAAGAAGAGAGGUGACCCGGAGCAGCUUCCUGAACCUGCUGAAAGGAAAAAACAACUUUCUGCUGAGAGGGUUCUUGGUGUCCUGAAGAGCAUCAGUGAUGAAGACUGCCUACUGCUAGGCUUGAACCCUAAAUAUGCCCGCCCAGAUUGGAUGAUUCUGCAAGUUCUUCCCAUUCCUCCGCCUGCCGUGAGACCCUCUGUGAUAAUGACGGGUGGCUCUGGCAAGAGCGAGGAUGAUUUGACUUAUCAGUUAGCGAUGAUCAUAAGAGUAAGACACAAUGAGAAUCUGAGAACACAGGAGAGAAAGGGAGCACCUGCACACAUCAUCUUGGAAUACUCACAUUUAUUGCAGUUCUACAUAGCUACAUAUUUUGAUAAUGAUUUGCCAGGACAGCCAAGGUCCACACAGAGAUCGGGGAGACCCAUUAAAUCUAUAUGCAAUAGGCUUAAGGCAAAGGAAGGUCGGAUCAGGGGGAAUUUGAUGGGGAAACGAGUAGAUUUCUCAGCCCGGACUGUCAUAACACCUGAUCCAAAUAUCAACAUCGAUGAACUUGGAGUACCAUGGAGUAUUGCUUAAAAUCUCACAUACCCAGAAACUGUGACUCCAUAUAACAUCGAAAGGUUGAAGGAGCUUGUUGAAUAUGGUCCCUAUCCUCCUCCUGGUAAAACUGGUGCCAAGUAUAUCAUAAGGGACAAUGGACAAAGGCUUGAUCUUCGUUAUUUGAAGAAAAGCAGUGAUCAGCAUUUGGAGCUUGGAUACAAGGUGGAGCGGCACUUGAAUGAUGGAGACUAUGUUCUCUUUAAUAGACAGCCUAGUCUCCACAAAAUGUCUAUUAUGGGGCACAGGAUCAAGAUUAUGCCAUAUUCAACUUUCCGUUUGAAUCUUUCUGUUACUUCACCAUACAACGCUGCUUUUGAUGGAGAUGAAAUGAAUAUGCAUGUUCCUCAGUCGUUUGAGACCAGGGCUGAAGUACUGGAGCUAAUGAUGGUGACUAAAUGCAUCGUCUCGCCUCAAUCAAACAGGCCUGUAAUGGGAAUUGUCCAGGAUACACUUCUAGGAUGCCGGAAAAUCACCAAAAGGGAUACGUUUAUAGCGAAGGAUGUCUUUAUGAACAUCCUGAUGUGGUGGGAGGACUUUGAUGGGAAAAUUCCAGCUCCUGCAAUUUUGAAGCCAAGGCCUCUAUGGACUAGGAAACAAGUUUUUAACCUUAUCAUACCAAAACAGAUUAAUCUCUUGAGAUAUUCUGCCUGGCAUUCGGAAUGCGAAACAGGAUUCCUUACACCAGGAGAUACCCAAGUUCGAAUAGAAAGAGGAGAGCUACUUUCCGGCACUCUAUGCAAGAAGACACUUGGGACAUCAACUGGAAGUCUUAUACAUGUCAUUUGGGAAGAAGUUGGUCGGGAUGCAGCUUGCAAGUUUUUAGGACACACACAGUGGCGUAAUUAUUGGAUUUUGCAGAAUGGUUUCAGUAUUGGGAUUGGUGAUCAAAUUGCUGAUGCAGCAGCCAUGGAAAAAAUUAAUGAAACCAUUUCUAAAGCGAAGUAUGAAGUGAAGGAACUAAUCAAGGCUGCCCAAGAUAAGCAGCUGGAGGCUGAACCUGGGCGGACUAUGAUGGAGUCAUUUGAAAAUAGAGUGAACCAGGUUUUGAAUAGGGCACGGGAUGAUGCUGGAAGUAGUGCCCAGAAGAGUUUAUCAGAGAGUAACAAUCUCAAGGCAAUGGUUACAGCAGGCUCCAAAGGAAGUUUCAUCAAUAUAUCACAGAUGACUGCUUGUGUGGGGCAGCAGAACGUUGAGGGUAAGCGAAUCCCAUAUGGAUUCAUUGGCCGGACAUUGCCACAUUUCACCAAAGAUGACUAUGGCCCAGAAAUUCGUGGGUUUGUGGAAAAUUCUUAUCUGCGAGGACUGACCCCACAGGAGUUCUUUUUCCAUGCCAUGGGUGGUAGAGAAGGCCUUAUAGAUACUGCGGUGAAGACUUCCGAAACUGGGUAUAUCCAGAGACGACUGGUGAAGGCUAUGGAGGAUAUCAUGGUCAAAUAUGAUGGGACUGUUAGGAACUCUUUGGGAGAUGUCAUUCAAUUUCUGUAUGGGGAAGAUGGUAUGGAUGCUGUAUGGAUAGAAUCGCAGAAACUGGAGUCCUUGAAAAUGAAGGGCAUGGAGUUUGAUAGGGCUUUCAGAUACGAGAUCGAUGACGAAAACUGGAACCCAAAUUACAUGUUUCGAGAACACGCUGAAGAUCUGAAAACAAUCCAGGAGUUCCGAAAUGUGUUUGAUGCCGAAGUCCAGAAACUUGAAGCAGAUAGAAACCAGCUUGGAACAGAGAUUGCAUCCACGGGUGAUAGCUUCUGGUCCAUGCCAGUCAACCUCAAGAGGCUUAUCUGGAAUGCACAGAAGACCUUUAAGAUAGACCUACGAAGGCCCUCUGAUAUGCACCUGAUGGAGAUUGUGGAAGCUGUCGAUAAGCUUCAGGAGAGGCUAAAGGUUGUUCCUGGCGAUGACUUGAUAAGCAUGGAAGCCCAGAAGAACGCCACCCUCCUCUUCAAUAUCUUGCUCCGUAGCACUUUUUCCAGUAAAAGGGUGUUGAAUGAAUACAGGCUCAGUCGUGAAGCAUUUGACUGGGUCAUCGGAGAGAUAGAGUCUCGAUUCCUGCAGUCACUGGUAUCACCGGGGGAAAUGAUUGGUUGUAUUGCCGCACAGUCCAUUGGGGAGCCUGCCACUCAGAUGACUCUGAAUACCUUUCACUACGCCGGCGUCAGUGCCAAGAAUGUGACUCUUGGUGUCCCUAGGUUGAGGGAGAUCAUCAAUGUGGCUAAGAUAAUUAAAACACCUUCUCUCUCUGUCUACCUCAAGCCUGAAGUCAAUAAAACAAAGGAGAACGCCAGGAAUGUCCAAUGUGCUUUGGAAAACAUUACUCUCCGAGUGACUCAAGCUAUAGAGGCAUGGUAUGAUCCGGACCCAACCAGCACGAUGAUUGAGGAGGAUUUUGAGUUUGUGAAGGCCUAUUAUGAAAUGCCGGAUGAGGAGAUCGACCCUGAAAAAAUCUCUCCCUGGUUGCUUCGCAUAGAGUUGAAUCGGGAAAUGAUGGUGGAUAAGAAGAUAAGCAUGGCUGAUAUUGCAGAGAAGAUCAAUGAAGAAUAUGGUGAGGAUUUAAGCUGUAUAUUUAAUGACGACAAUGCUGAAAAACUGAUCAUUCGUAUACGUGUAAUGAACCAUGAAGUUUCUAUGCGUGGACUACAUUUGGAAGAAGACGAGCUUUUCCUGAAUAAGAUUGGGAGUAAUCUGCUGACAGAAAUGUGUCUUCGAGGUAUCCCAGAAAUCAACAAGGUCUUUAUCGAAUCUAGCAAGGCAAACAGUUUUGAUGAAAAUGAAGGAUUUAAAGCAAAAGUUGAGUGGAUGCUGGAUACAGACGGGGUAAAUCUUCUAGCUGUGAUGUGCCAUGAAGAUGUUGAUGCAAGAAGGACAAGAAGCAAUCACUUGGUUGAAGUUAUCGAAGUUCUUGGAAUUGAGGCAGUUCGCUGUGCUCUGCUUGAUGAGCUGCGCGUUGUUAUAUCUUUCGAUGGCUCUUAUGUGAAUUACCGACAUCUGGCUAUCUUGUGUGAUACGAUGACCUAUCGUGGCUACUUGAUGGCCAUCACCCGUCAUGGAAUUAACCGUAAUGAUACCGGGCCCAUGAUGAGAUGCUCGUUUGAAGAAACUGUGGACAUUCUUCUUGAUGCUGCGGUAUAUGCUGAAACUGAUUAUCUGAGGGGUGUAAGUGAAAAUAUUAUGUUAGGUCAGCUUGCGCCCAUUGGCACAGGAGACUCUGCAUUGUAUAUUAAUGAGGAGAUGUUAGAGUCUGCCAUUGAACUCCAGCUACCUAGUUAUAUGGAAGGUCAGGAUUCUGGCAUGUCAUCUUCCUCUUCGCCUGUCUCUGCAACUCCAUUUUGCGAGGGCUUGGUGUCUCCAAGUUAUUUGCAGAGCCCAGUUGGUCGUUCAUCACCGUCCAUGGAUGCUCGGUUUUCUCCUCAUAUAAGCAGAAUGCUCUUCUCUGAUUCUUCAGCUCCAUGCUUUAGCCCAUUAUCUGCAGGCUACAGUCCAUCAUCUCCCCCACAUAGUCCUAUCUCCUCUGGUAAUAUUCCUGCAUCUUCUGGAUACAGUCCUGCUUCUCCUGGAUACGGUUCCUCCUCCCCUGGUUACAGCCCCACUUCCUCAACAUACAGUCCUAGCUCUCCUGGAUAUAGUCCAUUCAGUCCUGCGUACUCCCCUCCAAGUCCAUCCUACUCACCCACCUCGCCCAGCUACAGUCCUACUUCUCCAAGUUAUAGCCCCACUUCACCCGCCUAUAGCCCCACUUCACCCACCUAUAGCCCCACUUCAACUGCAUACAGCCCCACUUCACCUGCAUACAGCCCAGCAUCUCCUUCAUACAGCCUAACAUCACCCUCCUACAGCCCAACCUCUUCCUCCUACAACCCCACCUCUCCUAGUUAUAGUCCAACAUCACCAACUUACAGCCCAACCUCACCAAGUUAUAGCCCUACAUCACCAAGUUACAACUCUACAUCAACACAAUACAGCCCGUCUGCAGCAUACUCACUAAGCAGUCCAAAAUUGCCAUCUAGUCCGUAUAGUCCUUCAUCUCCAAACUACAGCCCAACAUCACCAUCAUAUUCACCUACCUCUCCAUCCUAUUCCCUUUCAAACCCCAAAUACAGUCCCAGCAGCCUAUUCAAUUCAGGAGAGAACUUGAACUAUAGCCCACGUUCUUCACAAUACAGUUCAAUUGCAGCAUACUCUCCAAGCUUACCCGGUUAUUCUCCAAUAUCUGCCAGCCAGAACACGUCAAAUGAGAGCAACAAGGGCGACGAGAGCACUCAUUGAGGCAUAU